AUAAGGAGAAAAGAAAAAAAAAAAAAGAGAGAGAAAUUAAGAUCAGCCCUUGCCAACCCCUUUUGUCCCUUACUACUGUCAUCCCUUUCUGAGUCUUGCCAGCCUACAUCCCCUGCCAGCAUCCCCUGCUUGCAAGGACAAGUUUUUAUCUGCUGAGCAAAGAAACACCUAUUUGCUUUGCAAUCCAAUGGCUCUCCGGGAGAUGCCAAAGGUGAUAUCCGCUCACCCCAGGAGAGCAGCGUGUCUGCGGUGCUGGGGCCUCCCCAGUGCCCCGCUGGGCUGAGAAGCGGUCUGUGGCCGGGGAGCGCUCAGGGGAGCACAGGGGGGACAGGGCAGAGCCCAGGCACCCUCUGCCACCACGUUGCAUGGAGCUGCUCGGUGCUGCCGUGGCUUUUUCCCCAAGGAGAUGCCACUUUGGGGACAACCGCACCGAUAGCGGGGGUACCUAAACAGCGAGCCCCCGCUCCAGGCUGCGCUCACCGGGGUCCCCAGGCACCCAGGCUGGGGGACAGGGGCUGGGGCGGCCGCCCCGUCCUCCCCAAGGGCUGCGAGCUGUGAAUGGCACCGAAACCGCCUUUGUUCCCCUCCCCGGGGGGCAGGACGGCAGCGCCCGCGGGUAUAAAGGGGGCGGGCGGCCCUGGUCCCAGCUUGUCCUGGUCCUGCGGUCCUGUCCCCAGCCAUGGGCCACCCCGCCGUGCCCACCGCCAUCCUGCUCUGCCAGCUGGGGCUCGCCGCGGCCAUCCAGUGGCUGGGGCUGGCGGAGAGCGGCAGCAGGGUGGCCUGGGACGAAAGCCACCACUGCCGGCUGCUGGCUGGGAUGGUGCCCGACCAGUUCCAGAUGUGCCGGAGGAACCUGGAGGUGAUGCACAGCGUCGUCCAGGCUGCCGCCGAGACCGUGAGCGCCUGCCAGAGGACCUUCGCAGGCAUGAGGUGGAACUGCUCCUCCAUCCAGCGCGCCCCCAGCUUUGGUCCUGACCUGCUGAAAGGGACCAGGGAGUCCGCCUUCGUCCACGCCCUGGCUGCGGCCGCCGUCGCCCACUCCAUCGCCCAAGCCUGCGCCUCGGGGUCGCUGCCCCUCUGCUCCUGCGGCUCUGCCCCCUCCGAGGUGCCGGGCCCCGACUUCCGAUGGGGCGGCUGCGGGGACAACCUGCGCUACGGCCUCCAGCUCGGCGCCGCGUUUGCUGACAGCCCCUCGAAAUCCAGCAGGCCGGGAAGGCAGGCCCUCAGGGCCGCCAAUCUGCAUAACAACGCGGUGGGCAGGCAGGUGCUGGGUGACUCCUUGGAUACCAAGUGCAAAUGCCACGGUGUUUCAGGCUCCUGUUCGGUUAAGACCUGUUGGAAGGGGCUGCCAGGCCUGGGCGAAAUCGCUUCUGAGCUCAAGUCCAAGUACCUGGCAGCCGUCAGGGUGACCCACCGGCUCAUUGGGCCCAGGAAGCAGCUGGUACCCAAGGAAACAGACGUCAGGCUGCUGAAAGAGACGGAUCUGGUUUACCUCAUCAACUCCCCUGACUACUGCGUGCCCAACGUCCACCUGGGGUCUCAGGGGACGCAGGACAGGCAGUGCAACAAGAGCUCCGUGGGCAGCGAGGGCUGCGACCUGAUGUGCUGCGGCCGCGGCUACAACGCCUACACGGAGGAGGUGGUGGAGAGGUGUCACUGCAAGUACCACUGGUGCUGCUACGUGGUGUGCAAGAGGUGCCGGCGGCUGGUGGAGAGAUACGUCUGCAAAUAGCGCCCGAGGCGUCGCGGCACACGGGAGGGCUCCUGCGGGUGUCCCCCGGGGCGCAGCUGGAGACUGGGCGCCAACCGCAAGGGAUGCGCCGAGUUUGGCAAGGAGGGGACUGUGCUGGGAGCCUGGACUCCAGCAUUGCCAUGGAAGACCCCAAACUGAGCGAUGAUGGGAAGCCAAAACCCCGAGACCGACCUCUGCCCCAUCUGCCCAGAGCAAGACAAAGGGCUGCCCUCCUGCGGCCGAUCGGGAGCAUCCAGCGCUCCGUCUCCAGCUGGGGACCGUCCAUUUAUCACUUUGCAUGCACAGGCCCUUUUCUCCAGGGGUGAAUGGGGACCCUGGGCUGCCAUUGUCUUUUUGCGGGAGGUUUUUGACAGUGGCCUGAAAGCCAGGAGUGAUGGAUGGGCAGGGGGUAGCGAGCUGCCCAUCGGGAGGAGGCUGCAGGGGAGGAAAACUGCUUAGGGUGAGGGGGUCACGGGCAGCUCCUCUGGUAGCAGGUUUCUGCUGUGGGUUUACCCAACACCGUUGAAUGUUCCUCCUCGUGGGCAAAUACUGCUCCGGUGCCCUCUGCAGCAUCUGAAAUGACACGGCUCGGACGCAGGCAGAACCAGGUAUGGCUCCAGGAGCCAGAGCUCGUCACUCCCCUCCAGGACCUGCUGCUCUCGCAGUGCGGAGACUCCGUCUGUGCCUGAUGACAGCACACACGUCGAUGGGCAGCAGCUUCCCAGGUCGGGCAGCGUGGCAGAACUGCACCUACCAGCCAUGCAUUCACAGGGCACCUAUGGCAGCACUGCACCUUCUGCCCUCUGGACUUGCGUCGGAGGUGGAAGCCCAUUCAGCACACGGUGUACUCACUGCUCCUCCUUCCUGCCCCUUCUUUCCCACCUCUAAGGGCUUCAGCCCACUCCUCCAACCCCUUUGAUACCAGGCGAGCUGGCACUGGCCUGGAGAGAGGACAGGGCUCCAGGGCCCCAGCGACAAAAGAAUGAACCUUUCGUCUCCAUACUUAAUGUAAGUGGAAUUCCGGUGUGUGCUUUUUAAAUAAACGUAUCGUACCGCACCUCUCUGC